AUGGAUGAUGAUUCGGAUUGUUCCAGCCUGAGCUCAGCUCCUCCUUCGCCCAUUGCACCACCAGAAUUCUAUCCGUCGCCGCCCCCAUCGCAGGAAACAGAGGAGGCUACUAGUAGUGGUGGUGGUGGUGGUGCUGCCGCCCGCAGCCAAGACGACUUGCCGCCUGCUCGGAAGAAGCGUCGGGUGGCCGCCCCCAAGGAACGCUGCACUCAGCAUCUUGACCUAUCGUCGGGCGCAUCUCUCUCCUAUGAUCAGCAGCAAUCGCAGAUCGAUUAUCUCACUAAGACUAUCCGUCGUCAUCGCAAGAUCGUUGUUAUUGCCGGUGCUGGCAUUUCCACCUCUGCAGGAAUUCCCGAUUUUCGCUCCACCGAUGGUCUCUUCAAAACCCUACAAAAGAAACACAACCUUAAAGCUUCGGGGAAGCUCCUUUUUGAUGCUGCGGUGUACCAAGAUGAAACCUUGACCGCUUCUUUCCAGGAUAUGGUGCGGUCGCUCUCGGAGGAGGCUGCCAACACCUCGCCCACCGCGUUCCACCAUAUGCUGGCCCGGUUAGGCCAGGAGAACCGCCUGACGCGUCUGUACACCCAGAACAUCGAUGGGAUCGAGACCUCUAUGCCGCCGCUGGCCACUCAAAUUCCUCUCAACGUCAAAGCGCCCUGGCCGCGCACCAUUCAAUUGCAUGGCAGCCUCGAGAAAAUGGUGUGUCAGAAGUGCCGCCAUUUGAGUAAUUUCGACAGUAGUCUGUUCGAUCGGCCGGAUGCCCCGGAGUGCCCGGAGUGCGUCAUCAACAACCAAUUUCGUAUGGACACGGGCCAGCGAAGUCACGGGAUCGGCAAGAUGCGACCGCGUCUCGUGCUCUACAACGAACACAACCCGGAUGAAGAAGCCAUCACCUCGGUUAUGAACGCAGACAUUCGCUCCCGCCCGGAUGCUUUGAUUGUGGUUGGCACUAGUCUGAAAAUCCCCGGAGUCCGUCGCCUAGUCAAGAGUCUCUGCUCGGUGAUCCGGAGCCGUCGCAAUGGGGUGACCAUGUGGAUCAACAACGAACCCCCCAGCGGGAAAGAAUUUGAGGAUUGCUGGGACUUGAUGGUCAAGGGGGACUGCGAAGAGGUGGCUCGACUCGUCGAUCUGAAGCGCUGGGAUGCUCCAGAGGAGGUAUUUGAUGAGUGCAACCUGUCCGAGGCCGAGCGGGUGAAGGGUGAGCAAGGAGAAGUGGAGAUUGUCAUCCAGACGCCCCGGAAGAAGCAGCGCACGCCUACUGGGUUCCUUACGCCAUCGUCCAGCCACGACGAGGAGACUUCCCAGGAUCUGUCCAAGGCGCUCUCCCGAACCGCCUGUCCUAAUCCCGCCAGCCGCGGCCGGAGUCUGCAAGACGUCCUGCAAGCUUCCAAAACCACUGGAACGAAGCAGGCGGCGCCCAAGAAAAGCGUCCCGAAGAAGCGGACGAGAAAGACGGAACCGGCCAAGAACAACAAGAUCAACAACUUCGGAAAAGUCACCAAGGCGCAGAAGUCCACGGCCGAAGCAGACAAGGCAGUCAAGCUGGACAAGGACGAUAACAAGCCAAUGGUUCCCUUGCCUCCAGGCGCUGCGCGCAACAAUGGCCCGAUGUUUCCUCGCCUGGUGGGUAAGGGCGAGUCGACGCCGCCUCCUCGGAGCAGCGGUCGCUGGCAUCAGGCGGAGACCAUUUCGCCCAAAUCCGUUCCCAACGGGAUGAGCAGUCUCCUUAAUGAGCCGGCUGCGUAA